UGUAUACCUGUGGUGUUUGCCGGAGACGCACGAACGCUCACGAAUUGGAAAAAAAAACAUUUGAAUUUUGAUCGCGUUCAAAAAUGUCACGCAGUUACGCAGCAAUUGAAUAGUUUUUGGAAAAAAUGUGACGUGUUUGUGGUUCUGUGGUGUGAUUGUGUGUUUGUUUGUAUUAGAGACAAGUGGCGAAGCUGAAUGAAGUCUCUGCCGGUUGAAGGACCUUGCUGCGGACGGGGGAGCCUUGCAGAGGGAGGGAGAGGGAGAUAGUGCAGGAGGUGCGCGCGCGCCGCGUCCGUCGCGCCGCGCUACGUCAGUCGACGUAAACCUAUGAGCGAGGCAGUCACGUCCAGUGAUCCUCGGCAUUUCAAAUAAAUAUUACUUCCCAGUGCUAAAUGUGAUGCGACUGUAGUAAGUGUGUGUUGUGUGUACCUGCUGUGUUGUGUAGUGUAUCUGGAUGUGUAGUCGUGUACUUACAGUGCUGUGUAGUGUUUUAUUGUGUCUCGUCUGUCGUGUACUUCACGGUGGUGAUUAUUGGAUUUCCUAGAGUGAUGGUGUGAGCUCGCAUGGGUCUGGCCGCGGCGCUGCUGGAGGCGGCUGCGCGCGGCGAUGCGGCGCGGCUGGCGAGUCUACUGGCUGCCGACGCCAGGGACAUCAACGUCACUGAUGAGAACGGGUGCACUGCGUUGCAGCGCGCAGCAGCGGACGGCCACAUCGAGGUUGUGCAACUGUUGCUGCAACAUGGCGCCGAUCCCAACAAACAAGAUAACGUGCACGGCAACACAGCAGCACACGAGGCUGCAUGGAAGGGAUAUUCACGCUGCGUGGCGCUGCUGGCGCACGCGGGCGCAGAGCUGCGCGCGCGCAACGCGGCUGGGUUCGCGCCGCUACACCUCGCCUGCCAGAAUGGACACAACCAGUCCUGCAGGGAGAUAUUGCUGGCUGGAGCGCCGCCAGACUUGCAGAACAAUUAUGGCGACACGUCCCUCCACACGGCGGCUCGGUAUGGACACGCCGGCGUCACUCGCAUCCUCAUCUCCGCUCAGUGCAGAGUCUCCGAACAGAACAAGAAUGGAGACACAGCACUACACAUCGCCGCAGCCAUGGGCCGACGGAAACUAACCAGAAUACUCCUCGAAGCUGGCUGCGACAAGGCGAUACGUAACCAUCAAGGAGAAACAGCAAGAGAUAUAGCCACCAGGAAAGGAUUGGAAGAAAUCAUUACUAUUCUCAAUACCCCUGUAGCUAAACAACCUAAGAAGAAGCACAGAGAUAAGAGCAAAGACAGAACACUGGACGAACCGGACGCUGGCAAAAAGAAAGAAAAAGAUAAAGAGAAAGGUAAGGACAAGAGAAAGAAAAACGUGCACUUCGAAACUCCUCCACAAGUCCAGUGGUCUCCGUACGGCUGUCAUUACUAUCCCGAUCCGAAAUUCUUCCCAAAACCAAAACUAAGCUCGCUUCCCACCGAACCUCUGAAAAAAGGCGAGCAGUACUAUUUAGAUUUGGCUGGGAACAUUAAAAAGGGACCGAUAGGCGCUGGGUACACUUGUUAUUGUGCACCAUUCUUUAAACACAUGGAAGAUAAAUUGAAUGAAGACAAGAAGGACCUGAAGAAACAUAUCGAUAGAGCGCAUGAGAGGCUAGAUCAGAAAGUGACGGAUUUAGAAAUGAAAACACAAGGACAAAUAUCAGAGUUGACGAGAUUCGUAGCAGCUGAGAGAGCAAUGUGUAAAGAAAGGCAUAAACACUUAGAACAUUGGCUGACCAGAGGCAUGAUGUUUAGAGCGUCGGAAAGAGUUAAAAAAUUAGAUUUCAGUCCCAAAGGUUCGUUAGAUAUACCACCACUUAAACGUACUAGAAGCUUAGAGUUACUGGAUGCCGACACAGAAGAAUGGAACAAAGUGCACCGGAUAAUAAAGAGUUUCAAUAAAAACGCUGAACAUUAUGAAAGUAAUGCCAAAGAUCUGAACGAUAGUAAAGCAACGUCUAAAAGCACCGAGGUCCUGGACAGUCGACAAGACAGUCCUAGACAGCGGUACUUGUUGAAGAACUCGAAGAGUAGUGAUCAGUUAGAUGCUGGACCGAGCAGGCUUGCAAUACCUCCUUAUUCUAAGAUAAGCAAAGAAAGUCACCAUCAGAACGUUACAGCAGAGAUCCAUGUAAAAGCAAAUAAAAUGUCGGUGUCACAGUCACCAAUGUCGAUGGAAGUAGAAAGUUAUCACAACCAAAGGUAUCGGUCGCCUAGUCGACACUCUGACGCGAAGUCACCGGCCAGUAGUCACAAACAGCCCAGUGACUUAGAUGAAGACGUCAGGAGUUCGAAAGACCAAAAUGUUCCUUUAUGGAAGAGUCAGGUUCUACAACGGACAGCUGAUGAUAUCAGGAAGCGAGUUGCAUUCGAAAAAGAAAUGGCUGAUGUUAUGUCAAGGACCAACAAAUCUUUGGAUAUAUCACAGGACGGAUACGUGAAACUGAGAAAACAAGCCAAUUAUCAAAACAAUGAAAUGGAAAGAGAACAAAGAAAGUCAGUACAAGAACUAGUGGCGCAAGUGGAACAACGCGUCUCUCCAGAACCUCUCAGUAGGAAAAUACAACCCACCGAAAACGUAGAAACUGUUCCGUCAACAAGCCACCAGAACCCCGGCAUUUUGAAAAUGCCACAACAACCACAAAGACCAGCUCCUGUGUUAAAAGAGAAACCACCGAAAAGCAAACGAUUCAGUUUACACAACCUCAUACCGUUCCCAACAAGAAAAACUUUUCAGAACCCACCGAAGGAAAAUGGUAACAACUCAGAAAGUAGUGAUGAGGAAGAUAAUCCAAUCAGGAGUUCGAUGCAGCCGGGGCCGAUGAGGAACACCAACCUGUUACAAACACUGCCGAUGCCAAAUUUCGAGACUGUGUCAAAGUCCCCGUCACCUGCACAAAUGUCGACACAGAAUGCGUAUCCUCAUGACUUACGGUCCAUGAUACCAAAAGACGCGUACUUCCACGACAUCUCCAACAGGCAGAUGCCCUACAUGGACAAUGGUCUACCGGUGCCACAGUUCCCAUGUCCACAGUACGACUACAAUCAGUCAGGGUUACCGAACCAAAUACAGCCACGGAACAGGAACCCAUUAUACCACCAUCAGACUGGAGUGUUCGAUGCGAUGAUGCAAGACCACAUCAUGAGGGAGAUGGAGAGAAUACCUCACUGCUAUAGCGAGCAUUUAGACCAGAACACAGAAGUGGAGAUUGCGAAUCAGAAUGAUUUUCGGAUGUGUUACGACCCGAUGUACCCGAAUUUUAGGGGGAACCCGCAUGGAAUGACGAGGAAGCCGGACCAUAGUCUGCUGCACAGCCGGCUGCAGUCGCUGGCCAUCAACACGGCGCUGACGGAGAGCCACAGCCAGGCCGACCGGGAGUCGCACAACGACUCCGGGUACAGCACCAAGGUGUACGGCAGCUCGCAGGGCCCGUCGCCCAGUCUGUCCGGACAUGCGGAGGGGUCCGACAACUUGUCCGGCCAGAGAGUCAACAUCGUACCCAACGGCAAGAUUAUCAACGGACAGAUUGGAGCUUCAAGCUUAGUUUGACACGAAAUGUGCUAACGGAGAAUGAUACCUGCCUUCUACAAAACCGAAAAGUAUUUUUAUCCAGGAAAACAUAUUUCGUUUUAUUCAAAAAUCUCUUGAUGUUACAAAAACUUUAGUUUAAUUCGCAAUUAUAAUUCACAGAGCACGUUAACCGUGUUAAUAAUAAUAAUCUAAGUCACUUACACAAACACACACAAACUGAAUACAUAAUUAUAUAAUUUAAUAUUUGUCGUUAUUUUUGCAAAAAGUACAAAUUUAAUGUAGGGUUUAAUGAUGCCAUGUAUCACAGUAAUUGUAAUUAAUUAAUAUUAAGCAUUAAGUACCUAAUAAUACUUGAAUACUCAAAUAUAAAGUGUUUUUCAGUAUUUGAGUAUUCUUGUUAGUUUUUCUUUUAAUUUGUAAAAUACUCAUUUCACUAUUGUUUUUUAAGUCGGGUCAUACUAAGUACAUUUUGAUUUGUGUAGUAUUGUAGGGUGGAACUCGUAGAACCUCAAUAUACAAU